AAAUAAUUAUUAUUAUUAAUACCUACCUUAUAUUGAUGCUUAAAAUAUCUGCAAUUCUUGUAUGACCUGUGAACUUUAUUGUUUUGCUUUGAGUUUUAACAAACACUAGGCAAAUUUUAUAGGCCCCCUCUUUCUGAUGUUUGAAUUUUCCAUGAGGUAAAAGUCUAAGAAGCUAACUGUGGUGAGGGAGGAUUUGUGCAGACACAUAGAACUUGCACUGUCAGCACUGUCUGAGGUGACAAGAGUGUAAAACACUGCCAGUCUAAGGGACAGGAAACUAUCAUAAGCAUUUUAUAAAUUCUGGUACUAACUUAGAUGUUUGCAGUUUUGUCGAUAGCAAAAUAUUUUGACAUUUGGGUUACAGUAUAAGUAAAGAUCUUAUUUACAGAGAAUCACUAUAGAGUAUAUUUAAAGGGACUGUAAUACUGGUCUUAGUUAUAAAAUUGGAAUACUUUUGAAUUACUAUCCUGUUUCACUUCUAGAAUGAUACCAAUCUUCCAGCAUUUUGGUAUAUUUCAUUACCAUUUCAUUCUAUAUUAAAAACAAGCAAUCAAACAAAAAACAUUUUGAAGGAUUUUCUAAGUAGAUGCAAAUUUUAAAGCAGUAAGUCAACAGAUUAUCAAAAUCUUCAGAAAAAGCAUAAAAGUGAGUGCAUCACAAGAUUUCCCAAGUGAAGGAAGGUAUAAUAGAACUUCAGUUUUUUAUUCUGUUCACACUGCCUCCUUCACACAUUGCAUGUGCUCUAACUGUGGUCAUACCUACAGAGUUCUUGCAUUCACUUUGAGUGCAUACGUAGUGAAAAAAGAGCAGUAGAUUUGCCAUCAAAAGCAUGUUGCAUUCUUCUUAUACAUGUACUUCUAAAUCCAUUUCAUUUAUAAUAUUCCACCCUUUUUGCUAUCUUUUAGUCACGUCACAUAAACUUUCUUUUCUUGUUCAGUUGUUUCUGUAGUAUUUUCUUUGUCUGUUGCUUGUUCUUAAUGCUUUCCUUCUUUCUUUUUAAUUUUCUGCUUCUCAUGUGGAAUAGAAGAACAAUAAAAAUCUGAAACUGAAAAGAGAUGGUAAAGGUGGGCUGCAAACUGUUGGUUUUGAUUUCAUGCAGAAAGGAUCGGAAUUAGAUUCUGGUUCCUUACAAAAGCAGUCUUUGCUUUCAGAGUCAACGGGACAAAGUGCAGAUUUAGAAAACAGUAGUGCCUUUCUAGGGAAGCCUGUGGCCCAAAGAAAUACAAGGAAAAGUAAAUCUCAGCACACACAAAGUGUUAGUACUUCAAAAAGCAGCAUUCAACACAUUAGCAAGGACAAAUGCAAAUUAGGUAAAAGGGAAAAAGAAUAUUCAGAAAGUCCUGACAUUAUCGGAGGAAGAAUAACUGGUGGUUUUCCCAGUGAGGAAAUAAAUUAUUCUGAUAAAGAGUUAAAAGUUGCCAGGUCUAAGCAAUCCCUUAAAAUUGAUGUUCUUCCAUCUGCAUCCAAUAAUCAGCCCCAGAAUGGUUCAUUACUUGUAGAAGAAUGCAAUUUUGUUAAAAAGCAGGGAAGUCAAGAAGCAGUAGAAAGUGGAAACAGAAUAGUGAGUGCUGUUGAAAAAUCUAGUACAUGUGAAAGAGGGAAACAAAGUACUGAAAAGCAGAGGGAGUUUAAAAAAAAGGACCCGUUAUUUAAACAAAUAGCUGAAACUACAUCAUCGUCUUCAAGUGAAGAAAAUAGUAAAGAUCUUGCAAAAUAUGUUCUUAAAAGUAGGGAAAUUAAAGGGUACUGCUAUGAAGGCAGAGAGAUCCAGAAGUCAAUAAAAGCAGAAAAUGUAAAAGGUUUGGAAUUACAAAAAGUAGGCAGUGAGAUUGAUUGGAUGCAAGCUAGAAAUGAUGAGAAAGAGUAUGUAGAAACCAUUGAUCUAAAAAGUCUGAAUGAGGAAGAGACAUACUCCGAAGCUAAAUCUGAUGAGGAUAGACGGUUAGAUACAAAACAUGAUGAGGAAUCUAAUGAAGAGCAGGAGAGUGAAGACAGUGAAAAAGACGAAAGUGAAAAAGAAAAUGGAUGUCAACUGACUGAAACAGUUGACAAUGACGUUGAACUAGAGGGAGAAGAUGAAGAGGUUGAGGAUGAAAAAGAUAUAGACAGCAUCAUUUCAGCAGAAAGUGAUGAAGGCGAAGAGGGAAAAGAUAAUGAAGACAGUGAAAUAGAUGAAUCACCAAUUGAAAGAGACGGUGAAAAUGGGGAUGCAGAAGAUGUUGAAGUGAGUAAUGAAAAACAUGUCACAGCUCAAGGAGAUGAAGGAGGCACAUUGAUAGAGGAAGCAGAAAUACAGAGUGAGGGAGAAAAGGAGGAUACUGAUGAAGAGGAGGAGUAUGUAAAAGAGAAACAAACUGAAAAGGAAGAGGAGGAACAAAAUAGAAGUAAAGGAAGACAUGAGAGUGAGGAAGAAGGUGAAAAUACAGAGGAGGAGAAACAAAAAGGGGUUGAGGCAGAACAGGAAGGAGAAGAUGGAAAGGAAAGUGAAGAAGAAGAAAGGGAGACUGACCGAGAUGGUGAAGAGGAGGAAUUAGAAGAAGCCUUCUCAGGGAGGGAAGAAGAAAAGAUAUCCAAAGGAGAAUGGGAGGGGGAAGAUGGAAAUAAGAGGGCUAAGGAGAUGAGGGAGGGUGAAGUAGAAGAGCAAAGAGAAGAAGAGGAAGCAGAGGAAGGAGCAGAGAUGGAAACAGAAGGAGGGAAGGGUGAAGAAGAUGAAAACAAGAAAGAGGGGGAGGGAGGAAAUGAAGAAGAGGAAGGAAAUGAAGAAGAGGAAGAAGAAGAAGAUGAAGAAGAGGGAGAAGAGAUGGAAGAAGAUGAGGGAAAAGGAGAGGAAGAAGAGGAAGUAGAACUAGAAGAAGAGAAUGAAGAAGGAGCAGAAGAAGAGGAAGAAGUAAUUGAGGAAGAAGGAAAGGGAGCUGAGGAAGAAGAGGGAGAGGAUAAGCAAGAAGAGGAAAAGGAAGAGGGAGAAGAAGAAAAAAGAGAGGAGGAAGAAGAGGAAGAAGGAGGAGAAGAGGAGGAAGAAGAAGAGGAAGUAGAAGAAGAAGGAAAUGAAGAGUAUGAGGAUGAGGGUCAGGAGGAAGAAGAGGAGGAUGGAGAGGGAGAAGAAGGAGAGGAAGAAGAACAAAAAACAAAAGAUGAAAGAAAAGUUGUUAAUAAUAAGCUUCCACAAAAGAAAAGCAAAGCCAGAAAACCAGGGAGGACAGAAAGUUCUGCUGUACUAAACAGCUCCAAACAAAAAAUGAAGUCAAAACAGCAUGUGGCAAAUGGCUUGCAUAAUUCAGAACAAUUUUGGAACAAUGUGCUGCCUCAUUAUUUAACACUAAAAUAGUAUAGACUAGUGGAGAUUCAUCUUGAGCCUACUCAGGAAUAUCUGAAACAAUGGCAAAUUGAUUUUUAAACGUAGCCAAAAAUUUGUUAUAUUUUAAGUGCCUAUUUUUUGAAAAAUGAAAAAGAUGUGGAUUUGAGAAGCUUUUAUGGGAUAAAUCAUAUAUUUUGUUGAUAAAAUCAUUUAAACAAUCAUCUUUAUCAUGUUUGACACAGAUUUGAAAGAACUACUUAUGAGGCAGGAUGUGUUUGCCUGAAAUUAGAACUUCAUGCUGAUAACAUGAAUUAUACAUUGUAACAGUGUAAUCUUUGCAUCUGAAUCAGAUUUCUUGAGGUAAUACAUGAAUUUUAGUUGUAGCUUACUUGUUAAUGUGCCUUAUAGGAAAAGAAUGGCAGUAAAUCAUUAAGGAUACAUAUCUUAAAAUUUUGUUAUCACUCCAUUUUCAUUCCCCCUACUUAUUUUCUAUUCAUAUGUAGGUAGAAUGUUUGUUCAAAUACUCAGCAUAAAUUAAAGGACAAGUUGCCAAGUACAGAUGGGUCAGUAUAUGAGAGGAAAAUGGAAACAUAAGCCUGGGCAGAAGGUGGCUAGGGCUUUUCUAAAGGCCUUAAAGUUUGACUUCAUAUUUUGGUGUCAGCACACAAUUGCACGCAUAAAAGCCUCAGAAUUUGGUCAGGAUUGCAUUGUAGUGAGAAUACAUUAUCCCUAGUGAUAAUUUUUGCUUGCUACUUUUUAUGAUUUGGCAUAAUUAGGAAUUUGAAAAUAUAUACCUGUAAAAACAUUAUUUACUUGUGCAUACUGUGCAAUACAGAAAAGACUCAAUAGAGAAAUCCAAGGUUCCCAAAGAGGGGGUUAUAUUUUGUUGCAGAGUGAGUGGUAUAUGGGUUUUCAGGGUCAGAACUUAAGCUUCUCCAUACUGGAGGAGAUCUGUGUUUUUGCUUCCUUCCUAAAAACCACAUCAGGGAUCUCCAGAAAGAAGGUGCUGUAACAAACCAGGAAAGUAGAUGCAAUAGUAGCAAAAGUGGCACAGAAGUCUAAAUUAUUUUUUAAAAUGAGAAAGUAUACUAAUACUUACACACAAACAAAUCUUGAAAGAUGUGUUUGGUCUUUGUAAUGCUGCAUUAUUGUUAUUAGAGUCUGAACCAGUGAAAGAAGGGAUAUGAGCUCUUGUCCUUCAACAUUACUAGUUAAGUACUAUACUAAUGGGUGGUCUGAGGAAAUUUUGUAAACGUCUUUCAGUAUUGACAUUCACUGGAAGAAUUGCUAUUUAAACCUUACUAAAAAUGGAUACUGAAGAAGGAAACCAAAAACGAGUAAAUACCACUCAAUAAAAAUAUUAAGAGAAUCAAUGCUUAUGUUGAGAUUAUGAAACACUUUUAAUGUUGUAAGAUAUUAACAUUAAACUGUCUUUGACACAAUGUCUCCAGAAUUUAUUUUCUAAGAAGGCUGUGGUAGAUUUAAUGCUUUGUUAGUGCAUUCUUGUUUGGUUCAAUCCUUCCUACGUCAACCACCCUUUCCAUAUCCCAUGUUUGAAGGUAAGAUCAAUUUCAGUUGCGUGCUUUAUGUAAUAACUAUAAUAAAAAUAGUCCAGUGUCUUUAUUUUGUCCCUGUGAAAUUAAUUUCAACCUUUAUAACUUUUUGGAAUACACUGUCUUGACGUGGGUAUGGAUGGGUAAGUCUUUGGAAAAAAGGUAAGUAUAAUGAAAUUCUGAUAGAGGGAAAUAUUUUAACAGUUAAAUGCACUCCCCAAGAAGACAGCUCACUCUUGCAAUGGAGUCUUUAGCUCUUCUGUAGAUGUACUGCCUUAUCGCUGAAGUACUGCGAAAUUGUUUACUUCUAAAACUAAAUGGAGUUAAACUGUGUUAUUUUAUCUUUCUUAGGAAAGAUUAGGAUGUUACUGUGACUAAACUUGGAGCAAUAAUGGAAAGUAUUUUUGUAGUUCUAAAAUCGUGUUUCUUGGAAUAAGAUGAUCUACUUGUGAUUCUGAAAUUCAGCCUUGGAAGAAAGCUGUGCUG